AACCAGGUGUAUUAAUCAUCUUUACCUCUCUGACAUUUUAGCGUUAUUGUGUGAACAAUGCAUUUUUAAGUAUAGGACGGAUAAUUAGUAAACCUAAGAAAUUAAUAAACAACAUUUAAAAAGAAGAUAGAAGCGAUAUUAAAAAAGAAAAUGAAGACAUUAGUUACAGUGUUAUUUUUUGUUGCUUUUUUAUCCGUGAUACAAUGUGCGGAUCCUGAGAUGCCACCACAGAUCACAAGUCCAUUCCAAGAUUCAUAUUAUAUGAAAGAAGAGGAUGAUACACCUAAAAUGUUCAAAUGUAGUUCUACAGGAAAUCCUCCACCAAAAUAUGAAUGGUAUAAAGAUGGUCAAGUGUUACAGCCCAGCCUACAGAUAGGUGUGAACAAGGACACAGGAGAACUGACUAUAACCAAACCAAUGGUAGCUGACUUUGGAACCUAUCAGUGUUUUGCUUCGAAUUCACAUGGUACAGCAAUGUCUGCACCAUUCAAAGUUGAAAGAGCAACAAUUAUAAGCUUUAUUGAUACAGUAGAAAGAAGGGUAGAUGCUUUUCAGAAUAGGGAAACUUCCAUAUCUUGUACGGGUAAACCUAAAUGUGUACCAGGCAAUGAGUGUAAGAUAGAAUGGAAAGUAGGGGAAGGAACCAGUCAAACAGUGGAAGAAACUAAACGUAUAGCUGUAGAUAAAGAAGGUACCCUACAUUUCCUGUAUGUUGAACUUAGUGAUGAAUCCACAGCAGCCAAUCCCUACGCAUGUGGUAUGAACAAUGAACUAAUGAAAGCAUUCUACAAAGGUGGCAAUGUCAUUAUGACAGUCCAAAAAGUAACUAAUCCUACACAGGUUAAACCAAAGGUUCUAUUCAGCCAGGAUGUGAAAGGUUUACUAGGUGGAGAGGUGGAACUACAAUGUGUCUUUUCUGGAUAUCCAUUACCAGAUAUUGAGUGGUAUUCACCUGAAAACACCAUAAUACAGCCAAGCAACAAGUACGAAUUUAGAAACGUAAAUGUAAGGAGAAACCUUAAGAUUAAACAGUUAAGUGUCAGUGAUGAGGGAACAUACACCUGCGCAGCAACCAACAUAUUGGCUAGAGUUGAAGCCAGGUUAUAUCUCAAUGUUACAUCAAAACCUAGAUUCCCCCAAGGUCAGAUUUUUGAAUCUCAAGUUAUCCCACGUGGAGACAAUGCUGUGUUUAGAUGUAACAUGGUAUCCAUGAUACGUGAGGAUCCUCCAUCAAAGCCAAUUUGGAGAAGGAAUGGCGUGGUAUUGAACCCUAGUCAAAUUGGCAGCAGUUCUUCACAGAAGUAUCAGUUAAGUGAUGAUGGAACAAUUCUUACCAUAAAAAAUGUACAGAACCCAGGUGACUCGUGUAAUAUUAUGUGUGAAACUUCUAACGUUAUAAUUGAUGUAAAUGGUGAUGAUGCUGUAGCUACAAGUUACGCUGAUGCUUUUCUAAGGGUUAUAGAGCCGAUUUCGGUUCAAGUCCUUACACCAGCUCAGUUGGAAAUAGAUGCACCUGAACCAUUUAGUAUGGCAUUUAGUGCUACCACAGAUCCAUCAGUACCAAAACUUAUCUAUAAGUGGUCUCUAUUGGGAGCUGACAACGUCACGGUUUACGAUCACGAUACACUGAUGAGUAAGCCGUUUGCUAGCUUUAAUUUAGACAUGACCAAUCUGACCAUCAAUCCAGCCAAGGCAGAUGAAGACAAUGAUGAUGACAAGGUCAGAGCUGUCAUCGGAACUUACAGAGUCAACAUUUCACAUACACAUGAUUGGGAAAUGAGAAGCUUUGAGGUUACGAGCAACAUUAAACCUGCACCCAAAGCCCCCAUCAUUAGCUCUGCUGGUUUUGACUUGUGGAUCAUUGGAGUUAUUUUAGGAGUAAUAGUUUUACUGAUUGUUGUCUUCUUUAUCAUCUGCACCUUAUACAGAAACAGAGGAGGGGAAUAUCCAGUUGAUAAGAAGGAAGUUGCAGCUGGACACGAUCCGGCUCAAGAAUUAAAGGACAGUGGCUUUUCAGAUUUAUCUAGGGCGGAUGGAGAAAAGACCCCUUUUGACAAAGUAUCAUUAUCGGAUGAUGUGAAACCAUUGGAAAGCGACGAAGACAGUAUGAUGGGAGAUUAUGAUGAUGAUGCUGAUAUGACUAAAUUUAAUGAAGAUGGGUCAUUUAUCGGUGUAUACAUGGACAAAAAAGGGUUACUCCAUGGUUAAAAUUCUUGGGAAUGGAAGUUGAGAUGCUGCACACACUGGAGAGAUGAUGAAAGAAUUUUGGUAAAAAACAGAGAGCUUUGUAACAAACCAUGUAAUCUUUUACUAAUCUGUCAUUUCCAUACCACUUUCCAAAACAAUACCAGGUACCUGUGUGUUUUCCAAUUUGUUUCAUGUCUGCCCUGUGUAUAUUGUAUUGCACACACAUUUAAACAAUAAUCAGAUUUUCUUUUUCAAGUUUAUUUCAUUUGGCACUUGAUUCUAGCAUAAAACAUCUUGAGGAAAUCUGAAGUCUUCAAAAUCUGUCAUUUUUCUUGUCAUGAAACAUUGAAUUAUGGUUGCCAUUCUUGCUUUUGCUGCAUACCCAAGAUCAUCUUAUGCAGUUUUACUUUUUAUUAAAUGCUGUUUAUAAGCUACUGUAAUGAAUGACAGUAAAUACAAAAAAAAAAAGUGAGUUUUUUCCCCUGCACAUUACCUGGUUUGUUGAAAAUCUUCACUGUAGCUUAAAAUUGCUGAAAUAUCUUAGUAAUGUAAAAGUGAUUUCACAUUUAGACAGUUUUGCUAAUCGGGACAUUUUGAGUAUGUUGCUAGUUUAAUAGAUUAAAUAAAUGGAUAUUGAUUUAGAAUGGAGCUGAAUUUUAAUUUGUCAGUGAUUUAAAGACAGCAUGAUUGGAAAUAUAAUUUGCCUGUGUGAAAAAAUGAGAGUAUUGAAGAUAGUGACCAUUACCUGUUGCAUUGUGAGUGAAACUGCACAAAAAUGAGUACCAUUUCUUUUUCGAAAGUUUACACAACUAAAAAGUUUUUACUUAAUUACAAUGCAGCAGGCAAUAUGUCAGCUUGAUCAAACGAAACACUGACAAUUAGAAUAGCUCGUACAUUUACAGGGUGAUAGGCUUAGUGUGUAAAUGUUAUAAAUUUGCAGCAUCUCUGCUUUGCAUGACCCCACAUGGUGCUUACUAAUUAUACAGUUAAGAAGAUCCUUUCUAAUAUCAAAAGGAUCCAUAAUGUGUCUAUUUUGUCAUUUUUAUUGAAUUCCUUAGGCAAUAGACGUAACAAGGCAUCCUUUUGAUCCCUACAUUUUGAAAUAUUACAAUUCUCUCAAAAUUAAAGAAUUCAGAUAUUAGUUAAAAAUUACUUGAAAUUUGUCUAAGCCUUCAAACAUUUUCAGAAUAAGAACAAAUGUAAAUUCAGAAAUUUUUUUGUGCAUUUAUAAUUGCCAUUAUUGAACAGCAAACAAAAAUGUGAGAAUAAUUAUUGAGAUUGUGUUAAAUGUAGCAUACAAAUAAUGCUAUCAAAAUUUAAAAUGCUAGUUUUCGAUUUUUACAAAACCAAUGCUGUAGCAAUUGUUUUUGCAAUAAUAAAAUCCAUUACAAACAUUUCUGAAUUAACAUUACUUACUCCUUUUAGAUUCAUAAGUAUUUCUGUAUGAUCUACAUCCUUUAUACUAUUUUUCCAUAGGGAUGCUAAAAUGGCUCUUAGUAUACCUACUUAGAUUUGAAUGUUACCAAAAUAAUGAGAUUUGAUGUUGAAUUCAUAAUAUAAUAACAUCCAAGGGAAAUAACUCUUUACAAGUCAUAAGAAUGCUUUAUAAGCAUUUGAAGUCAUAUGUAUGUUUUAAUGGCUUGGUAAUAUUUAAGCAUCUUAAUUAUUAACAUUGACUAAAAUAAAAUUGGAUAUAUUGUGUGAAAUCUAUUUACUAAGUAAUGAGAAAGUUUUUAUUUGAUUCACUUGAAUUGUUUAUUGUAGAACAAGAAUGUCAUUUAACUCCUUGUAAUCCUGUUGGGUAUCCUUUAAAUGUAGAAAUUCAUGUUAUUUUAAGAGACAGUUUUGUCCGAUAAAUACUUUAUAUCUUGUCACAAUUGGCAGUAUUUCAUGUAUUCACAUAUCAAAAUUUAAUGGCGAUUAUUUUAUAAAUUAAUAUUAAACAUUUUAUUUAGAGGCAUUCCAUAUCUGUGGACGUAUACUAUCUGUUUUAUGUCUGCUCAGGUCUCAGAUUAUAGUCAUACAUGUUUUCGUACAUAGUUUUAACUUAAGAAUUUCUUUCAGCUUGUCAAUUUUAUUUACCAAAAUAUUCUUAUUUGACCAAUUGAACUAGUGUGAGUUAAACCUAUUAGAUUAUAUGCAGUAUAUAUUCACUAGAAAUUGAUAAAUUUAUGUUUCAGUUUUUAUUUGUACAUUUCCUUCAUGCACAACAUCCUUAAGAACAUAAACAUCAAAGUAAAUCACAAAUCAAUAAUGUUAUCUAUGAUAUAGAUAUACUAAAUAAUGUGUAUAACUGUAGUUUUACAUCAGUGUAAAUGAGGAGAAAAAUAAUAAUGUUAUAAAUAUUGUCAAAACAUUAUUUAUUUGAAUAAAUUUUAAAAGAGAAAAUUAGAAAAUUACAGAUUAUAAUGCAAUUUGUUGUACCUCUGAAUUUGAAUUUUGAAAUCAGAGAAACAGAGUAAUAAACUUCAAAUCAUAGAAGAAAUGACUGCAAUUCUGACAUAUACAUUUUAACAUUACAGAAAGUGAGAACAUUACCAUUUAUAAUGUUAUCAGUUUUCAUCACUGUGUAUUGAUAAAGUGUCCUACAACUUAAAUGUUGGGAGAAACAAGAAAAAUACUUAUUGCAACUUAUAUACUUUGUUUUCCUCUUAUAGUUGAUGUGUUUCCCUAGGUUUUAGUUUGUAACCCGGAUUUGUUUUCUCUCGAUCAAUUUAUGACUUUUGAACACCGGUAUACUACUGUUGCCUUUAUUUAUACACAUUACUUUUCUUUAGUAUAAAUUUAUAUUAUUGCACACAUGACUAAAAUCUGUUUCAUAUACACACCAAGAUAUAUAAAAAGGUUGUGCUUCUUAACAUUCUCAGAUAUAUGUUCUAUUAUUUAACUGUUUAUGUUGUUAAUUUUCUGUAAUCAGAGUUGUGAUUUUUUUAUUUCAAUAAGUUCAUUCCAAAAUUUCAUUUACUUAAUUUGUUUUUGUGAACCUAGUCUUGUUCCAAGUGAGAAGGUUUUCAGCAAGUUUUCAAAGUUUUAUGUGUUGCCUCCCUUUCCAAGUAUCUAUAGUUAUCUUUACUUGUACAGGUGAAUGUUUAAUGUUACAUUAUACAAUACAUUCUGAUAGAAACAUUGAUUCACCUUUUAGAAGCAAAACAGUAGUUUUUAAAGUAAUUAAUGUAAAGUUGUGCAAGAUAAAGUAAAUUAUUGAUUCACUAGCAUUUUUUAUUCUUAGAAACAUUGUCAUAUAUGCAUUUACAGUACAAUUAUUUAUUGUUACCUAUAUAUUAUCCCAUGAAAUAGAAAUAAUUCUUUACAAUUGUCUUAAAAAUGUGUAUAAUUACUUAUUACUACUACAAUAUGUUUUGUUUUGUGAAUGGAGAUCUGGAAUUAAGCCAGAAUAUCUUAUAAGCUUUUCAUCUCUUUGCUUUUAUAAUUUUAAUGAAAGUAGUGGGUAGGUGUUGAAGUGUAAAUGUAGGUUGCCUGUAGUGAUUUGUAGAAAUGUAGUUUGAAACUUUCCCUUUGAAAUUAUAAGUAGGGCCAUAUGUGACAUUAUAUGCCCUGCGUGUAUGCUCUUAUAAUUUUUUUUUAUUGUUGUACACGUGUGAAAGGUGGUCCAUAUGGUCGUAUGACUUUGAAAAAGUCUAAACAAUGUAUUGUUUUCUUUUUACUCUUUAUUUUUGUGAACAUUGAAUGUGUCCAGUCUAGCUGUGCAAUUUGUUAUUGCCAAGGCAAAGUAUUGUUAUAUUUUUAUACAAAAUAGUUCUAAGCUGUCUUUGAUCUAACCACUAUUACCAUGACAAUAAGUGCCCUAAUCUGAUGUCUGAUGGGGAUUUGAUGUUGCUCUGCUACCCUAAAGAUGUCCAUUUCAUCAGCAUUAGUGCCCAGCCAGUUUGUUAUUUGUUGUUUCUGGCUUGCCAGGUCAGCUGCAGGAAUGGUCAUGUUGAGGGUUGUUAUGACAACCUCAAAUAUCCAAUCAGGUUGUCAGAUUUGCUAGGACAGUCAUGUGAGGGUGUCUCUAGUCGCUAUGACAACAGUGCCCUAACCAGUGACUUUUGCUGGUUUGCUAGGUCAGUCAGGUGACUGGAGAGGCUGUGGUUGCUAUGACAACAGUGCCCUAAUUAGUUCUUAAUUACUAUGUAGACCAGAUGGUUUUGUCACAUUGAAAUUUUUAUGUCAUAGCUUUACAAAUCUGUUUAAUAGGGAAUUAAUUUUCAACAAUGUGGCACAAAAUAAGGUAUUCUAAAGGUUAAUCAGAUGUGGUGCAAAAUAAAGUUUUCCUAAACAUGUUAUGAACCAGAUCUGAUGUUUGACAGCAUUUAAAAGUUAUCUUAAAAUUUUAAUAGAUGUUACUAUGUUCAAUAUGAUAUUUCAAAGGCAAUUUGAAGAAUACAUUGAUUUUCUUGUCAGUUAAUUGCAACAACUGGUUUCCCUUUAGUAACCCUUAUGGGUCCAGAUCUUCUGCUUUACAGUAAUUCCCUGAUUUGCUAGGUCAGUCAUGUGACCACAGUCCUUGGGUCAAGGACAGCAGAUAUUGUUUAUAUAUAUAUUUUGAAGUAGAUUUUUAUAAAAAUAUUUUUUUUUGAAGAAAAAAUGGAGAGACAUUCCAAACUGAUAACUUACAAUGAUUGUAAUUAGCGCCAGUAUUUCUGUUUAUGUUAUAUGCUACAGAAAACACUGUUAUACAAUAUCUAAUACAUGAAUUGUGUUAUUUUAAACCUUAUUUCUACAUGAAUAUUGCACAUGGACUAGUUCAGAAAGGAAAGGAACUGUUUAAUAUGGAUGUUUUCGUUGGUCAAAAUGUCUUUUUACCAGUAGCUUAAACUGCAUAGAGUAAUUGCAAUGAGAAAGUCUGAACCAAUCAUGUGAAAGAAAUAUUAAGUGUACUUGAGAUAGAAGUAAUUCUAUGUGUAGCAUUAUCUUUAUGUUUUUACAUUGGUAAAAUUAAAGAAAUAUUUUUGUUGUAAACAUCUGAACUUGAUAUGUUCCUUCUCAUUUCCUGGAUUGUCUUGAUAAAAUGAUAAAAUAAUAAAGCUUUUAUACAAAACA